AUGAGUUCGAUUAGUUCCGAUUUGACUUACACAAUGAGCUUAAAUAAGGAAUUACCCCCAAUUCUUCCUCCUAGAGAACCACCCAAAUCAAAACACAGUGAUGGGCACACCCCUAAAACACAUUUACCUUAUGCUGCCAGUGACUCUAUGGCUGUGAUUACGACUCUAAGACAAGCACAGCUUGUGGAGGCACAGGUAAUUAGCGGGGCCAGUGAUAUAUUUGCUGCCCAAAAGGGUCAUGAUACUUUCGCCAAUCAAUUGACUACAGCUAAAGAAGAACAUCAAGAUACUUUAAAGGAAGAUCAGUUUUGGUAUGACUUGAUUGAUGAUACUGAUUCUAUACUUCUUAAAAAUAAGAAUGCCGAUAAGUUGGAAGCACAAAUAGUGGAAGGCAUACCUGAGUAUUUGAGAGGAUUGGUUUAUUUGAAGACUCUUAAUGUUAGAUACAAAUUCAAUAAGGAUCAUUAUAUUGCGUUACUUAAGAAGGCAAAUGGGUCAGAAUCCGUUAAGAGUCAAUCUAAAUACUUUGAGACGUUGGACCUUCCAGAAAGGAUAAUCAAUGUAUUGAAGGUUUAUAUUUACUACUCUUGUGAAAUAACUAGCACCCGGAAUAUUCAAAUGGAAGCCUUACGCUCCACCACAAAUAUUUCCAACAUCAAGGCUGGAUCUUCUUCACCCUCUUCAUAUGUUAUGCACACUUUGAAGAGCAUCUCCCACAUACCCGGGUUAGAGGAUGAAGAAAUAUUGUUCAUUUUAGUCAAGUUAGAUAAGCUAUAUUUGCAAUCAUUGAAGGAUGAGCUCUUCUAUAAGAUAAAUCGAGCUCUUGAAGAGUCAGAGAAUGAACUUUUCCUUCAUAUCAACAAACAGGGGAUUUUGUUCAAUGCCUUUUACACUCAAUUCUUGAUGAAACUCUAUAAUAGUGAAGGGAACAAAAAUUGGCAUAUGAAACUAUUGGAUUUCAUUGUGUUUGAAGGCAUUGACUUUUUAAUUCGGAUGGUGAUGUACAUUUUUGACUUGAAUAAAGAGAAGUUGAUGCAAUUAAAUGGUGAUGAAUUAGCACUGUUUCUUUAUUCCGAUGUCUUUCUCAAUUAUCCAGAUAUAGAUUUUGCCAAGGUGAUAACUUUUGAUGCGUCGAUUAUUAUAUUUGAAAAUGAAUAUAACUUGGCCAAAAUCAACUCUAUUGGGAACAACAGUAAUGAGUUGAUCAAUUUACGUGAAACAGGCAACGAUUUGAGGCUCCAAAUAGAGGAAAUGCUGUCUAAACUCUCGACAUUACAAGCCACUCAUUCUGAGAUCCAAAGUCUUAAUGAGUCUUUAAAAAAUGAAUUGAAGUCUUCAAUGGAACAAAGAGAAUCUUUACUGCGAACGAAAGCAAAAUUACAAGACAAAUAUGGUAACUUAACAUUGACUGAAAACGUGAGGAAUGCAAAGCACGCCAAUGAAGUGAUAGCCAAAGCCAAUCUUGAGCUUGAAGCACAAGUUCAAGCUCUUGAAAAGUCCAAUGCCGUUUUAAAGGAGAAAGUAGCUUCAUUAACCGUGACGUAA